UCAUGAACUUUAACCUCCCUUGCUUUAUUCCUUCAUACCCUAUUUAAUAAACAGCCUUUGUUUAUGUCCCAUUCUUUUAAUCUUACCCUUCAUUCAACUACUAGGUUCAUCUGUAACAAAUUUAAACAGUUGUACCUUAAAUUGAAUCAAUGAAUUAGCUUCCAUAAUUUGAAAUUCAAGAGCUAAAUUAGAAUAGAAUAGAAUAGCCACAACAAAAGGAAACAGAAAAUUAUUCAAAUACUUCUCAUUUAUUGGCUAUAAUGAGUUCAAAUAUUACAAAGGAUAAGCCAAUAUAAGAAAAGGAAAAAAUAUAAAAAUCUACACAUCAUCUAAAUUAAGUUUAAUUUGAAAAAGAAUCAAAGAAUAUAUAAAAGAAUUAUGCCAAAGCCAUUGCUAGCUUUGUCUAUAAAAAUAAAUAAUUAGCUUCUAAAAUCCUUAACACUCCAGAAGUUGAUGAAUUUAUUUAAUUAGUAAAGCUAAUAAAAAACUAAAUCUAAAAUGUUAGUCAUAUUUCUUAAUAUACAAACAAAUAAGAUUUUAUAAAGGCUUUUAGAAUUUUAGGGUAUAUAAUACGUGUAAAUAUUAUUUUAGAAAUUAUUUCUUAAAAACGAAAAGUAAUUCUUAUAUAUUCAACUCCAGAAUAUAAAAAAAGAAUAGCCAUCUUAGACAUAAAAAAUUGAUCCACCAUAGUCUCCUAAGAUGUUGAAA